AUGGCAGACAUCCAUAAAGAUCGCCUCCUAGCGAGCAACGAGCUCCUAUGGACCUCUCAAAAGUACUCGGACAUGACUAUACGUUGUGGUUCAAAGGAAUACAAAGUUCACCGUUCAGUCAUCUGUCCUCGCUCAACUUUCUUUGCCGCAGCAUGCAAUGGAGAAUUCAUGGAAGCAAAGUCUGCUACGAUCACGAUGAAUGACGAUGAUCUACAGGCGGUUGAGAAUAUGCUGCUCUAUCUCUAUACGCUCGACUACCCAGAUGAAGAAGUUCCCAACGUUCCAGCAGACCAUGGAGCUAUGGAUAGCUCGCUCCCACCUCAUUUGCGCACCAUCUCAACGACCACCGAAGAAGACACAAAUGUGGGCACGACUUUGGGGCUGAUCGAGGGCACUACUCUACACGAUCCCAGGAUGAUGAACCAUGCUCUCGUUUACGCUGUCGCCGACAAAUACGACAUCCCUGAGUUAAAGGAACUAGCAAAGUGCAAGUUCCAGACUUUGGCCAGAUCCAAGUGGCCACACGACGAUCUUCACGCGGUUACCGAAAUCGUCUUCUCUACGACACCUGACCAAGAUAUGGGACUUCGUCAAAUCAUCUUGGACAUCUGCGCCGAACAUUUUCAAGACAUCUUGAAAGAUGAAGGGUCCAGGGACGCUGUUCUGAACACCAAAGCUAUCACAGUUGCCGUGUUAGAUGCUGCAGUACGGAAGUACGACCAAGACACGGUGCUGUUGGAUGGAUUUUUAGCUAAACAAAUCGAGCUGGAAUGUGAACUUUUGGAAGCCAAAAAGGACGCACAAGUGGCUCUUGACCAAAAGGAUGCCUGGGCGUCGCGGCUCGAUUCUCUUCUCCAACGUGCCAAUAAUAUCCAGAAAUGCAGGCAUUGUCAAGAACAGUUCCAGUGGACUCUCGAACGGUCUGGUUCUUUCGGUGGGCUCGGCAUGCUGCUCAGAUGCGCAAGUUGUCGGACGAAGGAGGUGUUGUGA